AUGGGGUUGCUCAUUUCACAAAUCGCAAGUGAUGAAAGGAGGUACCAAAUGCUGAGAUUUUUGGAGGACUUGUUGGGUAAAGUUCCAAUUGUGCACAUUGAAGAUGUUUGUGAGGCACACAUACUAUGCAUAGGGAAGCCCUGCAUCAGUGGCAGAUUUCUAUGUACCAGUGCAUAUUUGUCAUCUGCAAAAAUAGCAUCUCACUGGAAAAAAUAUCACCCAGAUAUCAUAAUAGCUGAAGAGUUUGUGGAAGAUUUAGGGAGAGAAAUUGUUUGGGGUUCCACAAAGCUAGAGAAAAUCGGAUUCGAGUACAAAUUUGAUGCCAAGGUGAUAUUGGAUGAGACUCUAAAGUGGGCACAAAAGAUGGGCGAGUUUGGUUCCAGCCAAGAAAUUAUUGUAUCCAAGUAA